CCAACAACCAUGGGCAAGAAAUCCAAAACAGCCGCUGUUUCCAGCACCCCGCCGACACCCACCGCGCCCUGGAUUUACAUCAACGACUUUGAGGAUGGCAUCCCUCACAUCGGACACUUGCACACCAUGCUUCCUGACUCUGUCAUUGUCCACAACCGAACCGAACCCGGCAUCAUUGUUGGGCCACCCGAACUCCUCCUGACCCAUCUUAGUUCCAAAACCGAAAUGCCCCUCAUUGCCGACAAUAUCUCCACAUCAAGUGAGGGAGACCUGACCAAGAAACUCCCAACCGUCAAGACCCUCCGCGACUCUGCCAUCAAGAGCGGCUGUAAUUUUGUCAGCGUCAACAUCUACGAGGACGACGGCACCGGCACCAAAAGGGAAGACUUGUGGGAAUGGAGUCCCAACCAUCUCGAGAUCAAGGGUGGUGCUGAUGACGAGGAGAGCCAGAAAGCUGUCGCUGAGAAGAUCUAUCGUUGGCUAUUCAAGGCCCUGACACCACACGAGACCAUCCACCUGAUCCCGGAGUCCGAGAUGAUGGUCCGCGACACCGAGUCUUUCCCGGACUAUGCGUACUGUCCCAUCAACGAGCUCGAACUGCAUCCCAAGAAUGCCAAAGUCCAACUCGUCGUCAUCGUACUCACUCGGCCGGUCGUUGGUCCGGAUCAGAAGUUGACCUGGAGCGUGGCGGACAGAACCGGUGUGGUAAACUUUUACUUCCAAUACCGUGACACCCGCAGCCAAUACACAUGGGACUGGUGCCUGGCCCUCCAACCGGGCGACCGCAAAGCCCUGCCCCGCAUGCCGAUGGUCGAAGUCAAGGAGCGCAAGCGCUUCGCGAUCGCCAAACCGCCCUUCCGCGGCAUCGGGCUCGCCAUUGCCAGCGUCGGCGCCACGAUGCGAGCGGUCGGCCACGGCGUAGCCAAAUUCGGAUCUGUGAUCAAGAUGGGCACCUCGUCUCACUGGGUUCCAGACGGCGAUGUCACAGAGGACGGCAAGGUGACCGACUGGGCCCAGGUCCGGGAUGAUGGUCAGAAGAUCCCUGCCGUUGUUAAGGUGUAUAAGGAGAAAGGUGAGAAGUUGUGGAAGGAUGACGAUAGCGUUACGAGCACCGAGGCU